CACAUGAUCAUGUGUGGCAGUGAUGUCAGUUCUAUAUUUAUCAGCCAAUGAAAUGAAGUCCUCAUUCUGCCCACCGUAAACAAAGAAAAUGGCGACUGAAAAAUCAGCUGUAUUCGCCUUUCUACUUCUUGUUUGUGCAGGAUGUAGCUAUGGUCAGUCUACACACUGCUCAACCAACCAGGUAGAAAUACUCAGUCAGGUGGUAACAUGUAUCACCAAGGACCACCCUGAAUACUUUCUUACUGUGCUGACCAGAAUGAACAACCCACAGGCAAUGGAAAGCCCAGACUUCUUGUGCGACAACCCAGGAUUGGUGGUGGCAGUAGCACAGUGCUUUUUGCAAUAUAUUGAAGGUUGCAUGCCACAGAAUGUAGCCAGCCAAUUUUCUAGCGUGAUGCCUACCUCAAAGACGAUCCAGAGGGGCAUAACUUUUCUUUGCGAUUACAGAAAGGACUUUGCUGACCCAUGCCUGGAAGUUAACAAAACUUUAAGCUUGAUCAAAUGCUACAGUGACAAGAUACAAGCCUCCACACUGGCUACAAGUAUUGCUGCAGGAGGCAUCCAAGAUACUCUCUGCAUGCUCCUGGGAGUAGAAGAAAAGUGCAUUUCAGAUAACCUCCAGACUUGCAGCAACGACCUGCGAUCCAAACUGAAGGCAGGACUCCUGUCUUUCUUCCCCUAUGAAAAUUGCAGUCCAAAAUAUGGCCUUCUUCCACAGGAAAUUAAGACAGUCCUGAGGUACAAGUCUGAGCAUGCUGGCUAUAGACCUCAUUGAGCAGACACACCAUCAGAGGUUCUUGCAGUUGCACAAAGUGGGAGAUGUCUGCUGUAUUUUUCCUUACGAAAGAUAUUUGUAGCUCCACACAUAUACAUGCAUGUCUCACACACACACACACUAAGUGUAUCUUCUUAAAGUAAUGUGAUUUACAAUGUAUAUUUUGAUAUUUAGAAAAAAUUAUACUUUGUCACAAAUGCCUCUAUUUUUGUUAAAGAAAUGCUGAUGUUUUAUCACACAAGUAAUUGCGUUCACAUUCUGCACAGGAUGAAUCUCACUUUUGUUAUACCUGCAGUCGUUUUCCAAGGAGAUAUAGUUUCAUUGACUAAUAUGCAUAGUAUUUACUGUGUAUACCUUCCCGACAAAAAAAAAUUUAAUUUUUUGUUUUUAUGCAAAGAUUCUCAAGGUACAUUUUGGACUCUUUUAUUUAUUACAAAUUUAAUAUAUGUACAGAGCAUUUUAUUUAAGCACAUAGUACUCUGUGUUAUAGAGUGAAAAAUAUAUACAUAAUCAAGUACAGUUGCUGAUGUGAAGGAUAAGCAGUUUUAUAAUACUGUGAGCAAAUUUUUUUUGUUUCUUGAUUAAAAGAAAAUUACUCCUGUUACAUAUUAUGCACUUAAUAAACAUUGCUUCUGCUUACACAAAACUGUUUUAUUUUAUGUAGGGCCAGCAGUUUUAUAUACAUGUGUUUGCAUUAGUUUUACAUUUUCCCUUUGACUUCUAAACUGUGCUUAUUUAGAGGCACCCAGUAGUGUUGUGGUUGAAACACAUACUUGUCACCACUGCAGUGAAAGUUCCUCAGUUUAGAUCUCAUAGCGGGAUACAUUGUCUCUGUUACACCUGUCUGCAGUGCUGGACGUCAGAGGUUUUCUCUGGAUACUCCUGUUUCCUCCCUGCUUCCUCUCCCCCCAUAGUGCGAAAUAACUUCAAGGUGGAUGCACUUUUCUACUUAACCAAACAACGGUGCAUUCAUUCCCAUUUACUAAAGCUGCAGUUGCAAAUGCUCCGAUUCUUAGCUGCAUCUCCUCCAGCCAUUAUAUUAUUCAAGUAAUCUGCCCUUUGUUGUUCAAAAUGGCUUAAAUAGAAGUGAUUAAUUUUGUUGUUUGUACUUUUUGUUUUAUUAAAACAGUUUUAAAAAAUUCAGUAGACAGUGAAAAUUUUCAAGUUUUCUUGAUUCUUUGAUUUUUGAUUUUUCAUGCCAAUCUCUUUUUAAUUACAGAUCGUAUGAGAACAAGAAUAAUGCAUACCAUGCAAUAAUGAAUGUGAUUACCAUUAUUUUAUAGGCUGUGGAAAUAUCUUGUAAGAAUCUGUGAUUUGUAUUGAGAUAACUUUUUUGUACAUACACUUUCACUACAAAUAAAAGACAAUAAAUGUUUA